AGGCGCAAAGUCUUGCGCUUCAACCUUCACGAUUCCCGACUGCAUGAGCUCUAGGGUUAUAAUGACGAACACGAACAGAAAUGCCGACAGAGAUGAGGCUGAAUUGGCGAGGAUGGGCUACAAGCAGGAGCUCAGACGAGACUUCGGGCUGCUGCAGAAUUUCGGAGUCUCGUUCUCUAUCAUCAGCAUCAUCACUGGUGUAAGCUCGACGUUUGCGUAUGGCCUGAACACGGGAGGACCUGUGGUCAUGGUAUGGGGCUGGGCAGUCAUUGCAUUUUUCACGAUGCUUGUAGGCCUCUCUAUGGCAGAGGUCUGCAGCGCGCAUCCAACGAGCGGGGGUCCUUACUAUUGGGCUGCUAUGCUCUGUAAACCUCAGCAUGCGGCUUUCGCGUCCUGGGUCACCGGGUGGUUCAACUUCCUCGGCCAAGUCGCGGUCACAACAAGUAUUAAUUUUGCCUGUGCAACAUUCAUCUCGACUCUCGCAACGUUCAAUACCAGUUUCGUACCCUCCGCCAGGACGACCAUCGGGGUCUACGCGGCAGUUGUAAUCACGGAGGGGCUUAUCAACACCUUCGGCGUGCAUCUCUUGCGACACCUGAACAACGCCUCCAUCUGGUGGCAAGCCGUUGGUACCUUCGCAAUCAUAAUCACGGUGCUCGCGGCGGCGCCGACGCACCAGACGGCGCAGUUCGUCUUCGCGACUUUCGUGGAUGGGACGGGCGUGGAUGGGGUUGGGUGGAGCGUGAGGGCGAGCCCGGCGUAUGUCGUGGUGAUUGGAAUCCUGAUGGCUCAGUAUUCGCUUUCGGGCUUCGACGCGAGUGCACAUAUGAGCGAGGAGACCCAUAACGCGGCUACCGCUGGACCCAAGGGCAUCAUCAUGUCCAUCGGAGUCUCUGCCAUCCUUGGGUGGUGUCUCAUGAUCGCCUUGCUGUUCUCCAUUCAAGACCUCGCGAGCACCGUCAGCUCUCCCACAGGCGAGCCUAUUGCACAGAUUUUUCUCGAUACGGUGCACGAGAAGGGCGCUAUUGUCUUGAUGGUCAUCGUCAUUGGGGCGAUGUUCUGGUGCGGGACGUUCUCGAUUACAUCCAACAGCCGGAUGAUGUACGCCUUCGCUCGGGACGGAGGCAUUCCUGGGCACAAGUUCUUCCAGCAAGUGGACGCGAAGCGGAGGUCGCCAGUUCGCGCAAUCUGGCUCGCCUGCACGCUCAGCUUUAUCCUCGGCCUGCCAAGCCUCGGGAGCUCCGUCGCCUUCUCCGCCGCGACGAGCAUAUCCACCAUCGGGCUCUACGUGUCGUACGGCAUCCCGAUCGCCCUCCGCGUCCUCUACGCGUCGCGGUUUGUCCGGGGGCCGUUCCACCUCGGCGCGUUCUCGUUCCCCGUCGCUAUAACCGCGGUGGCGUGGAUCUGCUUCAUUACUGUCGCGUUCGUACUUCCCCAGGAGAACCCCGUCGACUCGCAGACGCUCAACUACGCCGUCGUCGCGGUGGGCAUCGUGGUCGUGUACAGCUUGGGGUCCUGGUUCCUGAGCGCGCGGAAGUGGUUCACGGGCCCGGUGAAGCAGAUUGCGGCGGAAGAGACCAAUGUAGACGCGAGGGAUCCGGCGACGGUUGUCGUGCUGGACCGAUCGGAGAAGGGCAGCGACGAAAAGGAGUCCGUCUGAAUACAUAUCUCACAUCAAGAGCACCCCGAUCAUUCGCGUCUAUAUACGUAUGUAGCUAUCGCUUUGGUAGAACCGAAGCCAUCAUGUUUACACU